AUGUCGCCGUUCAAUUUUGUGAUACCAGUCAGCUCUGCCGUAGGCGGGGGCAACAGUGCCGCCAGUGCAGGCGGGAGUACCGCUGCGUCUGCGGUCACAACAAGCGCUGUCUCUGGUGCCGAGACCACAUCAUCGAGUUCUGCCACAGGGGGUUCUACUACUAGUACAUCUGCUACUGGGUCCUCAUCGUCCAAGAUGGCAUCAACCUCAAGCUCUGCAACUCACGCGUCCACCGGCGCAGCUCAGGUCUGGGGCUCAAUUAUGGGCGCUGUAGGCGCUGCUGUGGCUGUUUUAGCAUGGUUGUAG